CGAGCGCGGCCGCCUGUUUCGCGCCAUCCCCUACCUGCACCCCUCAAGUAUAAAGCCAGUACCACUCCAACCACCUUCUCGACCUCAACAGCAAAGCCAUCGAAUCAUUCAAUUCAGCUCACAACAAGUCACAGCUCGAUCGAUCGAUUGACCAGUCACCGCACAGCGCAGCAAACGCAAGAUCAUCAAUGGCGGGCGCGGCGAAGGCGUCGUGGAUGGUUGCGAUGAGCGUGGGCGCCGUGGAGGCGCUCAAGGACCAGGCGGGGCUCUGCCGCUGGAACUACGCGCUGCGGUCCAUCCACCGUGCCGCCAAGGCCAACGCCGGCGGCGUCUCGCGGGGCAAGAAGCUGCCCGCCUCCGCGGCGGCGGCGACGGCGGCGGAGCGGAGGAGAGCGGAGAAGGCCGAGGAGGGGCUGAGGACGGUCAUGUACCUCAGCUGCUGGGCUCCGAAUUAGUGCAUAAAACUCGAUUCAGUACUAGCUAGAGUUGGAAGUGUAGCAACCAUGGCUUAAGAUUUGGCCUGUUGCUUUCUGAUGUAUAUAUACCACGAUGAUGAUGAAAAGUUGAAAGCUUUUUGUUGCUUCAUUGCCUCGUCGAUCGGUUCUUUCCCCUUGUGAGUUCUGCGAUCACGUUGGCUCACGGAUUCGUAGCAUUAGAAUCCAUCCAGGUCGGAGAUUAUGAUAUUCAGAACUGCAGUAUAAUUUGUCAAGAUAUCUAUAAAUAUACAAUACAGAC